UAGUCAGCUGCUGCGCUGUAAGUCAUUCAGCGUCCAGGUGUUGCAGGUUGUGUUGUUUCCAUUUUUCACCCUCGAUAUGAGUAAGUAUCACAGUGAGCUGACCCAGAGGGAGCAGGAGUUGCUGAAAAUUCGUCGAGACAGCGACACUAAAGCUGCUGAACUUGUCAAGAUGGAGAAGAUGCUGCAGCAGACCAAGAACCUGCUGGACAAGAAGACAGAUUCUGGUUCAGAGAGCCUGGGCUACCAGGAGAACAUGGUGGAGGAUCUGGAGGAAAAAGUGCGCUCCAGCAGACGAUACAGGAGAAACUCCCUCCAUCACACACAGAUGCUGGAGAGCCAGAUGAAAACGGUGAAAGGUGAGUUGGUGGGAACACUGGACCAUCUUCAGGAGCUCAGGAACGUCCUGCGCCGCUCACAGCAGAAAGCAGAGGAGCGCAAAGCAGCGAUGGAGAAGCUGGCGGCAGGGCUCAGGUGA